CAGGAUCGGGACUAUCACACGUAUUUGACAAGAUCAAAGCUGCAGGAGAAUGGACAGUGAAGUACAGAGAGAUGGAAGGAUCUUGGAUCUGAUUGACGAUGCUUGGCGAGAAGAUAAGCUGCCCUAUGAGGAUGUUGCAAUCCCACUGAAUGAGCUUCCUGAACCUGAGCAGGACAAUGGUGGCACCACAGAAUCUGUUAAAGAACAAGAGAUGAAGUGGACCGACUUGGCUUUACAGUACCUGCAUGAGAAUGUGCCUCCAGUAGGAAACUGACCCUGGCUCCGUUCUCAUGGACAGAUUUUUUUUUUUUUAAAUAUAGAAAUACAAAAUGUUUUCUUUCAGUCUCCUAAUUCAGAUCUUUCAGCGAUAGAUCAACACUCAAAAAUGUACAGCCACUUAGUUUGUGGCAGCAAAGUGCAAUGUGGAAAUACCAGAAUGAGAAACAGCUGGAGAUUUCUCAGGAGCACAGAAUAUUUGGCUCUUUGAACCUAAAGUUCUUCAUUUACUAGCUUGUGUUUAAACGUGUUCUGUUAAACAUUUGCCUUUAACUCUAUAAUUUUGCUUUACUGUCAGAGUUUAACACUUCCCAACUGCUUAUGUGUGUCCUGUGACAGAGGUGGUUGAAGAUAAGAGAGGAAAAGACUAAGAGAGGAAGCCAACAUAGGGAGAAUUACUAACUUCUUAUGUGCCCUCUUGGGGAAGCAGUCUGAGUGUGUGUAUAUGAAGGCUGGAGAUAUAAUAGAUAUUCAGAAGCCCAUUCACUGACUGCUGGAAUUCCUGAGACUCCCCAUGAUGUUUUCAAACUGUGGAUACAUUUAUAAAUAAAAGACUGUCUGACAGUU